UCCAUCUCCAAUCUGCUCGGAAACCAUGGCAUCUUGUCUUCAUCUUCAACUACUGUGUCAGCUGCUACUGCUCCUAUCGCCGCUUUUCAUCUCUGCUUCCGUUGUUACUCAUCUUCCUGGCUUUGAUGGUCCGCUUCCCUUCCACAUGGAAACUGGGUAUGUUGGUGUGGAUGAAGUGCAGUUCUUUUAUCACUUCAUAGAGUCUGAGGGAAAUCCAGCUGAGAACCCUCUUAUUCUUUGGCUCACUGGUGGCCCUGGUUGCUCUUCUUUCAGUGGCCUCGUCUUUGAAGUUGGUCCUCUGAGGUUCAGGAGGGUGAAGUAUGAUGGUAGCUUGCCAACACUUGUGUAUCAUCCUUUCGCUUGGACAAAGGUCUCAAAUAUGAUCUUCUUAGAUUCUCCUUUCGGAUAUGGAUUCUCAUUCUCAAAUAAUCCAGAGACAUAUGUUGAUGGUGAUGUCACUUCAUCCUUGAGAGUUUACAAGUUUCUCCGAAAAUGGCUGAUUGACCACCCACAGUUUCUCUCCAAUCCUCUGUAUAUUGCUGGUGAUUCAUAUGGUGGCAAGGUUACUCCAGUCAUCACUGAAUUGAUAUCACAAGGUAUUGAAUCUGGGGCUCAGCCUAUUCUGAAUCUAAAGGGAUAUUUGAUUGGCAACCCAGUAACCGGGGAAGCAAUCGAUAAGAAUGCUCAGGUUCCAUAUGCUCAUAAUAUGGGGAUCAUUUCUGAUGAGAUUUACAAGUCCACAACUAUUUCUUGUGAAGGAGAGGAUUAUGAAAAUCCUACCAAUGCUCUUUGUGCUAAGAAGCUUCAAGUUGUGAAAAAGUAUUUUGAUGAAAUCAGUAACCCACACAUUUUGGAGCCAAAGUGCCCACAAGCAUUACCAAAACCACAGAACUUAAGUGAAAAAAGUCGAUUUCUCAUGGAUGACCACAGAGAGUUUAUCAUGCCACCAAUGCCUCCUUUCAAAUGCAGAUCUUAUACUGGCUAUUUAAGCUAUAUUUGGGCAAACAACGAUGGUGUCAGAGAUGCUCUCCACAUCCAGAAGGGAACUGUCCCUGAAUGGAUCAGAUGCAAUGAUAAUUUGCAGUAUGUCAAAGAUAUUCCAAGCAGUGUUAAAUACCAGCACAAGCUCACAAGCCAAGGAUAUCGAGCUCUCGUUUACAGUGGGGAUCAUGAUCUAGUGAUACCACAUAUAGGAACCCAAACAUGGGUAAGAUCUCUGAACUACUCCAUUGUUGAUGACUGGAGAUCUUGGUUCUCUAGUGGGCAAGUAGCUGGAUACACAAGAACAUAUACCCACAAUCUCACAUUUGCUACUAUAAAGGGUGCUGGUCAUACAGCUCCAGAGUACAAACCAAGGGAGACCCUUGAUAUGAUUAAAAGAUGGCUUUCAUAUCAACCACUGUAGGUUUUAUGACACUUG